AUUUUUGGUGUUCUCAAUGUUACAAACUGCUAAUUGUAUGCCGAAGGCAGUUAAGGUGGCCAUCGAGGUGCUUUCUCCAAAUUGAUCCUUAUGCUCACCCAUCACCAUUUCAAGCUAGUUUCGAGUGCCAUUUUUUGACGACGUCAUUGCGCAGAAUGUUCGAUAGAGGCCACAGCGAAAGCCUGUUUUGCCAAGUGUUGUAAUAGCGUUGGUGUCCGUUAACUUCACGUGAGUCAUCAUGGAUGCGGAAAAGUCAAGCAGCAGUUCCUUCGAAGAUCUUUCGAACCUAAACGAACAGGAGCGGGCAGAGUUGGCUUCAUCGGUGCUCGAGCCUACACAAAUUAAAGCACCAGAAACAGGCCACUCAACAGGCGAACAAGAUCGUUCGGCAGAUAGUGAAGCGAAAGCAUCGGAGGACACUGAGGAAGACUCGGAAUGCAUGGACAUUCUAGGCAAUGGAACACUGUUGAAGAAGGUGCUGAAGAAAGGACGCUCGGAACUGAGGCCCGAAAGUAAAGACCUUGUGACCAUCACGUACACGGGACGGCUCGAAGAUGGGACGGUGGUUGAGGAGCAGAGUAAUGUUGUGGUGCAAAUCGAUGAUGUUGAGGUGGUGCAAGGGUUAGAUAUGGCGUUGAAGCUAAUGAACGAAGGCGAAGUUGCGGAAGUGAUCGUAAAUCCGCGGUUCGCAUACGGUGAGCUUGGAUUGAAGGAACCCACGGAGCUAGAUCCGGUAAUACGGCCUGUACCGCCCAAUGCGACCGUUACAUACACGGUCACGCUGGUGUCGAUGCGUGAGGAAAGCGACAUUGAGGCGCGAACGUAUGCAUCCCGGAAGGAAAUUGGCAACAAGAAACGAUUACGCGGUAACUACUGGAUGAAGCGCCAGGAGUACAACCUUGCGAUACAGAGCUAUCGACGAGCGUUGGAGUAUCUCGAUGACACAGUCAGUGCCGGAGGCAUGAUGGAAUCCGGUGCAGGCUCGGUCGAGUUGUCCACCGCAGAGCUGCAGGAUUUACUGGAAGAUCGUAUGAAAGUGUACAAUAACCUCGCUUUAGCUCAGCUUAAAAUCUCAGCCCACGAAGCUGCACUCAAGUCGGUCGAUCAUGUGCUAAAGUGCCAGCCAAGCAAUGCCAAGGCGCUAUAUCGGAAGGGCAAGAUCCUAGACGCAAAAGGAGACACUGCAGCUGCGAUAACGCUUCUUCAAAAAGCAGCUACAAUCGACGUUGACGAUAAGCUAAUACAGUCGGAAUUAUCCAAAUUGAUCCUGAAAUCGAAGCGCGAAGCUCGUAAUGAACGUGACCUGUAUCAAAAGAUGCUUGGCCAGGCACAGAAGCUGGAACAAAAGACGAAAACUGCACCAGCCGCGCAAAACAAUGAAUCGUCCAAGAUCAUGAUGUGGGGUUACCUCGUGGGCACAAUCCUGAUCGGUGUUGUCGGUGUUGCAAUCUUCCGGUACAAUAACCAGUAAUGUAAACACGAUCCGGAUGUUUAUCGUGUUUAGCGCCUACAGCAGCUAAGUUUUUGUUCCAGAAGCUACAGAUGCAUUAGAAUAAUGAAUAGUGCAACCGAAACUCUCGGGACCUGCGUCAUCGAUGGAAGGCAACUAACGUGCUAGGUAGGAAUUUCUUGAACAAAACAGAAUGGUGCGCGUUUUUUCUACGAGCAUCGAAGCGUAGGAGAAUGGUCGAGUUGUUUGCUAGGGUGUAUGCGAUUUAAAUGACACACUUCCCACGUGCAAGUGUUGUGUGUGAUGUGGUGCGGUAUGUCGGUGGUACAAGGAAGAAAGGUGGCUGCUAGUGGCACGAUUCCGAUUGAGCUCGUGCAUAAGUUUUGUGUUAAAGAAAAUUUACAUGCUAGAGUUUAAUCGAGACCAUCAUUGUAAUCCUGCUGAGCGCACACAUUACCCAGAGCACUUGCCUUGGGGUAUACGCUUUUGUUUAAAGGAAAUUGGAAACAGAUCCAAAUACGUUUUAGCGCGUAAAAAAACGAUCAGUAAAAUGGGGAAAUUUAUUGGAAAAAAUAUUAUCAAACAGCUGGUUAGGAACAAAGGUCAAAUGCUUAUAGACGAUUUUUAAACCACUCUUCCCGCCAGCAGGAGCAUAUGGGCAAAAUUAUCCUGCAACAAUCUUGUCCGUCUUCAAUGGUUUUAAACACUUAGGCAGAGUAUACACACACAUAUAUAAACACAACACCAGAUGCAGAUUUAGGAAGUCAAAGAGAGUGAGUGAGAGAAGAUGUGUUUCGCUUCUUCCAUACGAACUCUUCCCGCAGCAUUUUGCGCGCAGUCACGCAGCGAAAGAACAUUGUAACACGACAUCAUUCCACAAUUUUGGUAUCCUGCAUUUAAUGGAACACUCGAAACGGUGGAGGGAAGGGUGUGUGUUUUUUCUAAUAUAAAAUUAUCAACGAGUUUUUCCGGUAUCAUAUAUACUCCCCCCGAACGAGAUGUACGUAGGGUAAAAUGUGUAAGAACGGUUUUUGUCUGCAUUAUUUGUUAGUGUUUUCUUUUUUUUUGUUUCUAUGAGUAAAUUAUGCAAACCCAUGUAUACAUAAAUGAAUGUGGUUAUUUUGUUUUAAA